AUGAAGAGGAUUUCGCGGAUUUUGUCUCGGCGGCGGCCCGAGGACGCAGAUUCAGACUCGGAACGGUCACGACGCCACGCGGGCUCGCUCACGCCCACGCCCACGCCUCCGCCGCCGGCGGCCACGGGCUUCCACCAGCUGCCCUCUCGACGAGCCACCGGCAGCGAGGUUGCCCUGGCGAGGACGCAUCGCAAGCUGAGCUCCGGUGUAAGCGGGGGAUGCAUCGUGGCCGACGGCUCCCGGGAUGCCGCUCGCACGCGGGACGACGACGACGCCGGGCAGAGCGGCGGCCUGGCGUUCCUGACAGAGACUUGUCCGCGAUGCGCGGCCAUUGACUUCCCGCGGCUGCUGGACUGGAAACACGGCCAGCCGAGGCCGUGGGUGCCGCUGUCGCAUGUUCUCCUGCCGCCGCCGGCCGAUGGCGAUUCGCAGAGGGGACAGACGCCGCCUGGUGCGCCGCAGUGUCCGUUCUGCGUCUUCUUCCGGGCCAUGAUUGGGCCUGUGCCGGCGGUGGGCGAUGGCACCGCCAAGUUUCACCCGUACUUGAGGAUCAGGCGGGCGUUUGAGCGGCUGGAUGGCGUUGGGGAGAGGCAUGAGCUUGCCGGCUCCGUCAUGAUCGAGGUCAUGACCAGGAAGAAGAGCCUGCCGUGGGGGUAUCUUUUCAAGGCCGACGAGGACGAGGGCAUGUCGAGGUACGUCGAGGAGCAGGGAGAGGCGGGCAUCAGGGCGAGGGUGGUGUCGGCCAUGGUUGAUCCUGCGCUGCCGAGGUGUUGGCUGGAUUUCUGUAGGAAGAAACACGCGGACACGGCGUGUAUGGCGCCCGUGAGCAUGGUGCCAGGGCUGAGGCUGGUUGACUGCACUGAGAUGCGUGUCGUCGCAGCCGGGAAGAUUCAGGCUGGUGGCGAGACGGACUAUCUUACCUUGAGCUAUGUGUGGGAGCGGCCGGAACUGGAUUCAUCGCCCGAUGCUCCGUUGGAUAGUUCAGCCUUGUCUCUCGACCCGGAUGGCCGCUUGCCAGAAAGCGUGCCGCUGUUGUUCGCCGACGCCAUCGCAUUCACGAGCAGCCUUGGAUUUCGAUACAUUUGGAUCGACCGGUUCUGUCUGCAGGUCCCCCCCGGCGAGCGCAAGAAACAGGUCGACGCCAUAGGCGAGAUAUUCUCCCAGUCACUGCUAACCCUCGUCGUCGCCGCAGAAGACACGUCCCUCAGCGGCAUUCCCGGCCUCAGCACCCCCCGCGAGGAGCAGCUCUCCCUCAAAGCCAAAACUGGCCUCUACGCAACCUCUCUCGUGCGGCCUGAUCUCGAAGUCGCUUCCUCCAAAUGGGCCUCCCGCGCGUGGGCCUUCCAAGAGGGUCUGCUUGCCCGCCGUCGUCUCAUCUUCACCCCAUCGCAGAUGUACUUCCAAUGCCGCACCCUCCACUGUCACGAAUCGCUCUCCCUGCCUCUCCGCCUCGCGCCCUCGGUCUCACUUGGGCGCGUAUUCCCGGCCGGUGACGGGUGCCCCCGGCAAUCCGGCCAGUUCAAGGACCUCAUCAAGACCUACAUGUGCCGCGAUCUGGCCAACAACGAAGAACGCCUCGAUGCCUUCCGGGCCCUCCUCCGAGAGUACGCGCGCAUGGGUGGCCUUGCGGUGAAACAUUUCCUCGGCCUGCCGCUGUUUCAUCCCGACGACUUUGUGACGAGCGGGGUUGUUAGCGAAACGGAUCGUCUGGCCGCCAGCCUGGGGUGGAUCUGCGACUGGACGGGGUCGGUCGAACCGUCGUGCUACAGGGCAGCCUCGUUCCCGUCGUGGACGUGGCUGGCCUGGAACCUUCGAGAAGGUCUAACAGCUUCGGACAGCAAGUUCGCCUUCAACCUCGUGGGGGAUGUAUCGCCUAUCCUGCACGGCGUUUCCGCGGCGCCCAGGAUGGAGAUCUCCGUGGGGUUCAAGGACGCUGCCGUCUUGUCGUGGGAGAUUGACGGGGAUGCCAUUUCCAAGAAGAGCGACCCCAUUGCAUUUCUGCGCCUGGAGACCUUAUCCUUUGAAGUCGGGUUCACGAUUGAAGGAGCACAGGCGAAGCUGCGGGACGUUGCUUUAACGAGCGAGAACAGAGCGCUUGUGGAGGCCAUGAUCACGGCGUCCUUGUCGGGACAAGAGGACAAGGCGUCGGAGUUUGCGUGUCUCGGUGUCCUAGUGUCGGGGCGGAACUGGAAGGGAGGCGCUGACUAUGCGGCUACGGCCUUGAUUUGCGGCCGACAGACGUCGAGAGAAGACGCUGGUGCGUGGGUACGACUCGGCGCUGUGGCGAUUGAGUGUGAGGCGUUUGUAGACAGUCAGGAGGAGGCCGUUCUGAAGGGGGUUGAGGUGGAUGAGGGCAAGAAGGAGGACCUGAGUGUCCGGUUACGAGAACUUGAUCUGUACUGA